AUGGACGCUUUGCGUGAGGACCUGAAGGAUGUGUUCAACAUCCUGGAGACCAUCAACUCCUAUCAAUACAGAAUAUACGCAUUUGUUCACAGCUUCAAGCUAUUCUUCGAAUACGCAUUGUACGUGGCCGCUGCGAUCGCAGUGACCAUAUUCGAGGCGACGGCCUGGGCACGCCCGCGCAUUGUCUUGACGGUUGUCGCAUCAUGCCUCGCUGAUGCGAUGGCGUUUAAGGCUAUAACACGCUCUGCGGCGCUGCACCGGUUAGGAUAUAGCAAGGAGGACAUUUACGGUGUCACAUCCUCCGCAAUACGCUGGGCGAUGCUCAAGGAGAUGCACCAAAUACGCAAGAUACUCACGCCACGAAUCGUUUACCCAAACAUCAGACCAAAUACUGGUGAUUCGGACGCCACUGGUGACGAAGGUAGUGACAAGCGUGCAUAUGGCUCACAGCACACAGACAACAGCCCCCGAGGCUACACCCUGGACGACUUCGUCGAACUAUUCGGCGAUCGCAGCGACAGCACAUACACAUACGAAUCUGGCUAUACCACAGAGGAAUCCUCCGACGGCUCUUUGGGCGAGGAUUCUGAAGGACUCGUUGAGGAGUACCUCGAAACGCAAAGCCGGCGGCGAAGACGUACAAUAAACCCCCAAAGGGGUCGAGACAGCCCGAGCUCGGUUGUCCCAAGCGGCCAUAGAAGUGUAUUCGGACUCGAGACGUACUUCAGAGCAGAGAUGGAUCAGCGAGGAUACCGGAUGGGAAACCCCGGAGCGGACGGCGCCGCGGGCGCUCAUAACCAGGGGCAACAACCAGAUGCAUGGGCCCACCAGAUGCAGACUGUGCCAUACUACAACCCGCAGCAGCAUCGCAUGGAGUUCUCCGCGCCGAUGGUCAUGCGGCCAAUGUCCGACUCUCCACAUGCAACGCCGGGGGCUCAAAUGGUAAACGUGCCGUACGCCAAUCCGCUGCAUGUCAGCUCACAGCCCAGCCCCUUGCAGCAGAACCAUCCUACACACGGACAUAUGCAGCACGCCCACCAAGUGUAUGCGGCAGGGCGUACAAAUGCCAUGCAGGCGCAUCCUGCGCAUCAACAGAUGAUGCACAAUCCAACGAUGUCGCAGCAUGUGGAUAUGCAGAGGAUGGGCGCCAACAGCCAGAUGGGGCCAAGACCUGACGGAAUGAGUCCUGAUAAACGUCAAUACAUCAUGCCCACCGGCCAUACGCAGUCGACGGAAACGCUGCGUGCCCAAUCGCCGAAAAUGGUGAGUGGGAGUCCGACGCAGGUACCAUCCCCGAGAGACACCACAAAUCAAACACCAACGAAAGAGACAUCUACGCCGCCGAUGAAGCCGCCACAGCCUGUAGUUGCAAACCCGCUGUUGGCACCGCAAUGUAAACAAGUGCAAGCAAGUCUGGUAGCGCAACAAUCACCGACGCGGCAGGCAACGCCAACGUCGCCGCUUCUGCGGCAACUCCCGACAGGGACUCCCAAGCAGCUACUGAAACCUCCCGAGCCUCCGAAGCCAGAUCUAUGCAGGAUGGACUGUGGCAAGUUUUUCGCGCCGCUGGUUGAAGCCAUGAAUUUCGACUCUGCCACACAGCCUUCAGGGCUGUCACUCGAUGACAAGUUUGAGCAGUUUGGAAACAGCAUCGCAGCAAUGCUGCAGCAACAAGCGCAGAUACUGGAAACGUGUCAGCUGCAGGUCAGCGAUGCGGAUGCCGCAUUGGCGGAAGGCAGCGUGGUGAACGUUCACAAACUUGAUGCCAUGACUGAGGCAUCUUCCGGUCUAUUCGCUAACAUCUCCACACUAUCGCAACAAAUGCACGAGAUGGUAGACGAGCUACCGCCGUUUUAUACUAGGUCGUCCCACUACUUCCGCAAUCUGGAAAUCAAGGUAGGAGACUUCACGUCGUUCUCCCACACACAUGUGCCGGAGGCCGCUGUAGCAGCGCACCUAGUCCGCUUACAGGACGAGCUGCUAAAAGAGCAUCAACCGCCUGGCCCUUAG